AUGGCGUCCGAGCAACUGAGAAGGGAGGAUGAUGAUCAUCACGUCACAAAUGUACAAACCAAUCCCGUCGAAAAAGAUCGAGUGUCGCAUAUGACGACACAUUUCGAGUCUCUUGCGCACCCGGAGGAGGCCGCCAGAGAAGCCAAACAUGGCGGCGACCCUCAAUUCGACGUCAAAUCUGAAUCGAAAAACAAAGGCGGCGUAGCAGAGACCGACGAAGAGGAACUCACUUACACCGAAGUAGGCGGCGAAGAAGCAAAACAGAAUCCGGCGACAACGGCGGAGGCUAAUCCCGACUCGGGACAAUCGGCGCAGCAGAGCUCAACGGAAGUGAUCAAAGAAAUGCAAGCAUCGGCGAUGGAGAAGGCCCGUGUAGCAAAGGAUUACACGGUCGAGAAGGCGAUAGAGACAAAGGACAUAGUCGCCGAAUACGUCGCCGAGAAGGCAAAGGUCGCGAAGGAGACUACUCUCGACACCACAAAGGCGGCGGCAGAAUAUAUUGGCCAGAGAGCGGCAGCGGCCAAGGAAGCGGCGGUGGUGGCAGGGUGGGGGACGGCGCAUGUCACUCUCGAGAAGGUGGCCGAGGCCACUAGGGCAGCCGCCGGGUAUGUGGGCGAGAGGGCCGUGGCGGCUAAGGAUAAUAAGGAUAAGGCGGCUAUCGACGCCGGUAAGAAUGUCUCCGGGGAGGCAACAAUGACGACAGCGACAGCGACAGCGGCGGAAGAAAAGGCAACAGAGAAUUCAGACAAGGAUGGGAAAGAUUUGAAGACAGCAUAG